GCCUCCGCCUCCGCCCGCCUAUACAUACCACCAUCCCCCCUCCUCUCCUCUCUCCCCUACCGUUCCGCCAUUAACCGCCACUACUACUGCCUCUCUUCCUGAAUCUCGAUCCCACUCCCAUGCCUGCGACUCUACGAGUUCGCUGAGAACAAACUACCACCAGACUCCAUGCGGCAUCGGCAGCAAGGGGAGGACAACAAGGAGCUCUUCGUGCAGUGGAGGCCCUGCGACAAGAAGAGGUCCUAGUCGCCCGCAGGAACAGAUCUGUUUAUCGGGUAAUUCUUUUAAUCGGUGGGUAUUGGCUGAAUGGUUGAUUCGAGCGCGGGAGGGAAGAUGAGCGCGCACGGCGGCGGCGGCGGCGGGAGAACGCGGGUGGGGAGGUACGAGCUGGGGAGGACGCUGGGGGAAGGGACGUUCGCCAAGGUCAAGUUCGCCAGGAACGUCGAGACCGGCGAGAAUGUCGCCAUCAAGAUCCUCGACAAGGACAAGGUCCUCAAGCACAAGAUGAUCGCGCAGAUAAAGCGCGAGAUCUCCACCAUGAAGCUCAUCAGGCACCCCAACGUCAUCCGCAUGUACGAGGUGAUGGCCAGCAGGACAAAGAUAUACAUAGUCAUGGAGCUUGUCACAGGUGGCGAACUUUUCGACAAAAUCGCUUCGCGUGGGAGGCUCAAAGAGGACGACGCCAGGAAAUAUUUCCAGCAGCUCAUCAACGCUGUCGACUACUGCCAUAGCAGAGGUGUCUAUCACCGUGAUCUCAAGCCUGAAAAUCUUCUGCUUGAUGCUAACGGUACUCUCAAGGUGUCCGAUUUUGGACUCAGCGCCCUAUCGCAGCAAGUCAGAGAGGACGGGCUGUUGCAUACGACUUGUGGAACUCCCAAUUAUGUUGCUCCCGAGGUUAUAAACAACAAAGGUUAUGACGGAGCCAAGGCUGAUCUGUGGUCAUGUGGGGUGAUUCUCUUUGUCCUCAUGGCAGGCUACCUUCCGUUUGAAGAUUCAAAUCUCAUGGCGCUUUACAAGAAGAUAUACAAAGCAGACUUCAGUUGCCCAUCUUGGUUCUCGACGAGCGCGAAGAAGCUCAUCAAGAAGAUACUAGAUCCUAAUCCUAACACUAGAAUAACUAUUGCUGAGGUUAUUAACAAUGAGUGGUUCAAGAAAGGAUAUCAGCCUCCUAGGUUUGAGACAGCAGAAGUUAAUCUGGAUGACAUUAACUCUAUUUUCAACGAAUCUGGGGACCCAGCACAGCUUGUUGUCGAGAGACGUGAAGAAAGACCGGCAGUGAUGAAUGCAUUCGAGUUGAUCUCUACCUCCCAGGGCCUCAAUCUUGGCACACUUUUUGAGAAGCAAACGGAUUCUGUUAAACGUGAAACACGGUUUGCGUCGAGGCUUCCAGCAAACGAAAUAUUGUCGAAAAUUGAAGCAGCAGCAGGACCCAUGGGCUUCAACGUACAGAAGCGCAACUACAAGCUGAAGUUGCAAGGAGAGAAUCCUGGAAGGAAAGGUCAGCUGGCAAUUGCAACAGAGGUUUUUGAAGUGACACCCUCACUCUACAUGGUGGAGCUCCGCAAAUCGAAUGGCGACACCCUCGAAUUCCACAAGUUUUACCAUAGUAUCUCGAAUGGCCUGAAGGACGUCAUGUGGAAGCCAGAGGGUAGCAUAGCCGAAGGCGAUGAGACCCGCCACCGGAGCAAGAAUGCAAAUGAAGCAGGGGACAUAUGCGCUCAGAGACAAUCCGAUGUCAGGAGCUCGUCGGCCGCGCCCGCGGACCCGCCGCUGCGCUCAGACUCGCCGCCCGCCACCCCGGUCGCCAGUUCUGCCGGUGCUUCAUCUCCUCCCGCGCAAACAAAUGUAGCUACCAUAGAUUGGUUAGGCAGCGAGCAGUUAUCUAAAGUUGGGUCAUCGUCCCAUGUUGCUUCACAUGCUGCUCAGCCAUCUCUUAGUACUAAUGCUGUUGGUGCUGCUAUGGAUUUUUCGCAACCAUCAUAUAGACCAUGGGAACGAGGAGAUUUACUUCAUCGACUGGCCACAUUUAAGCCUUCAACAUGGGCUUCUAAACCAAAGGCUGCUAGUUCACUGGCCUGUGCUCAAAGGGGCUGGGUGAACAUUGGUGUGGACAAAAUUGAAUGCGACUCAUGUGGCGCACAUCUGAUAUUUACUGCAUUGACAUCCUGGUCCCCCGCUGAAGUUGCAAAUGCUGGAGAAGCCUUUGCUGAACAGCUUGAUGCAUCGCACCAGAAUGAUUGUCCCUGGAGAGGGAAUAGCUGUGCUGAUAGCUUGGUACAGCUCCACUUCACACCAUCAGCUCUUCUUGGUGGUUUUAAAGAUCGCUGUGAGGGGCUGUUGCAGUUUAUAUCUCUCCCUGUUAUUGCCUCGUCUGCAAUAGAGAGUAUGAAACUCACUAGGAGUCAGCAGAUUGAACAUGUCUUAUCCCAAUCAAUCGCAAUUCUGUGUGGGGAGCUGGGUUACAAAACAGAUGGUACAACAGGAAUUGAUGUCAAUCAUCAAGACGAAACCUGCAGUUACUCUCAAGCGCAGAAGCUUAUUAGCCUUUGUGGAUGGGAACCUAGAUGGCUUCCGAACGUACAAGACUGGGAAGAAAAUUCAACCCACUCUGCAAAAAAUGCAGCCUCAGCUGAACCAGAUAAAUGCUCCCGCUUUCCUGAGCAUCAGCAAAAUUCAUACUCUACAUCAGUCAAGAAAGAUAAGGGGAAAGGCAAACUACGUGUAAAAGAUUCUGGAUGCAGCAUGAGGUCACCUUUGCUGGAUUGCAGCUUAUGUGGAGCUACAGUGAGAAUCUGGGACUUCAGAUCCGUUCCACGUCCUUCUCAUCUUAAUCUCGGCAACAUUGAUGCACCUGAUGCAGGGACUAAACCCAUGUUGGCACGUGGAAUUAGUGCUACGAGUGGGAUCAAUGGAUGGGUUGCUGAAGGACGUGAUGAGGCAUGCAUUGUUGAGGGAAAAUCAUUGUCAAAUGCUCCGGUUGACCUAAAUCUGACAAUGGCAGGAGGAUUGCCACCAACCCAUUCUGGGAUGCUCUCAAUGCCUGAAAAUUUCAAGAAUGAGGGGAUGGGAAUAGAUCUGAUGAUCGGUCAGCCUACCGGGAGUGAGAUUGGUGGCUAUGCAGCCUCAUUUGAAUCUCGUGGCCCCAGUUCGAGGAAGCGUAAUCUGGAGGAAGGUGGGAGUACAGCUGAUAAGCCAAUAAACAGGCUUCAGCCUGCUGACAGUAUAGAAGGAACUGUAAUUGACCGCGACGGUGAUGAAGUUGAUGAUGCUGUACAAAACUCAGAUAUUCGGAACAAAAGGCCUCGUGGCUUUAAUCUUUUUGAUGUCAAUCGUCCAUCUUCUUCCGGAGCUGGUCCCAGCAGAAAUUUAAGUCUUGAGCUGGAUAUAGAUGUCAACAGAUUUGAGCCAUCUAAAGAGGGUCCAUCUAUCCUUCGCAACUCGUCUGCUAGAGACUCCAUGAGGGCAUCUUCUGUUAUUGCAAUGAAUAUUAUUCACGGUGCGGAGGAAAAUUCAAUGGAGAGUGUUGAAUACCAUCCAUGUGAUGGUGAUGAUGUUGAGAAGCCUUCAAGUGCACUCAGGAGUGGUGGAAUGAGUGACACAUUGGAUCUCAAUUAUAGCAACCAAGCACAGGAAAGCAAUUUUGUACAGCCUGCUGCUGACAGUAAUGCAAGAGAUAUAGGAGGGAGUAGUAUGAAUGGAGGGGAAGAAGUCCUCAAUGCAGAAACAGCUCCUGCUUUUGCUAGGGAUCAACUUAGCAUUGGAGUUAGCGGAGGCAGUGUUGGGAUGGGUGCUAGUCAUGAAGCCGAAAUUCAUGGAGUUGAGGUUUCUGAACAUAAAACUGAGAGUGUUGUCGGAGAUGUGGAACCAGUUCCCGAGCUUACUGAAACCAUGGGGCAUACUGGUGAGUCAGCUCCUGGACCUGGAAUAAUGGAUGAGUUUGUCCCUGGAGAUGCUGGUCGAGAAGAGCCUCAGGGUGAUAGCCACGAUAUGGCAUCUCGGUUAGUGGGUCGAGUUGACAGUGGUUCAACUAAAGCUGAUUCGGUCGAGAGUGGAGAGAAGAUGAGCCAUGCCAGAGGCCAGGAGAGUAACAUACAACAUUCCCUUUCUUGCAAUGCAAGAGUUUAUUCUGGCAUUGAUUUAUCUAAAGAUGAAGUGACUCAGACUGGUAAAAUGCUGACCAAGGACGAGUAUGACCCAGGAAAUGAUCUUGGAGCAACGAAUGGAGAGAAUGAUUAUGAAACGGGUCUUCCAGAAUUUGAUCCAAUUAAGCAUCACAACAACUAUUGUCCAUGGGUAAAUGGAUAUGUUGCCAUUGCUUGCACUAUGAAUACUGGUUCCAGCACAAAUAGUGCAGCAUUUUGUGGCUGGCAGCUUACAGUAGAUGCACUUGAGACUGUCCAGUCUCUUGGCCAGAACCAAUAUCAAGCCAUGAGGUCUGAUUCUGCGGCGUCACUGUAUAAGGAUGACCAUGCGGCACCUAGCCACAAGCUGCUGAAAAGGCCAAAACACAGCAAGUGCUAACUGAAGCGCCGUUGGUAGUGCGUACAUUCGCUAAACUUGGAUACAGCUCAAAAAUAGUUUGACUGAUGCAAAUCUGAAGAGAUCUUGUUUGCUAUUUGCAAGACUAGGCUUGGAGCUCGACAUAGCAGAAGAGCUCAGAAGGCGCAAACGGAAUAAGUUGAGCAUUGUAGAUUGUAGAUGGACUUGUUGCCAAGCUGUUGGUUCUUCUUUUAUUGUGUUUAUAUAUAUAAAUAUAGUAUUGCUAUUCUGGAAGAUUUGGUGAGACUAAAAUUCUGGAUCUACCGUCUAUAAGACUAAGAUUUGUGCCAGUGAACAACAUUUGGCUGAGUUAACCGUAAUUUAAAUUGUUGUCUGUAGUCAUUUAC